AAAAAAUAUUCUUUCUUUAAAAUUGGUAAUGAAAAUAAUAAUUAUUUUUGGGAUAUUUAUCCAUUUUUUUGCUUAUUUUUCAAUUGCUGAUGAAGAAUUUGUUCAUCCAGGAUUAUUACAUACUAACGAAGAUUUUGAGAGAAUUAAAAAGAAAAUAGAAUUAAAAGAGGAACCGUGGCUAUCUGCUUGGAAACAAUUUAAUACAAGUAGAUUUGCUCGUCUAAAUUAUUCUCCUCACCCUCAAAAAAUAGUUUAUCGAGGCAUUGGAUACCCCGAAAAUUACAUAACUUUGUGUCAAGAUAUUGCUGCAGCUUAUUGCGCUGCUAUAAAUUGGAAAAUAACAGGAAAUACAAGUUAUGCUGAUAAAUCUGUUGAAAUAAUGAAUGCAUGGUCAUCAACAUUAACAUCUAUACAAGGAAAUAAUGAUAUAGCGUUGGCAGGUGGUAUAUAUGGUUCCCAUUUUGCUAAUGUUGGGGAAAUAAUGCGUUCAUAUAAGGGUUGGAAAGCUGAAGAUUUUAAUAAAUUUAAGGGAAUGAUGGCAAAUAUUUUCUUUAAUGCUGGCUGGGGAUUAAUAUCCGGUAAUCAACCAACAAGUGGAAGUAAACGUUUUUAUUAUUCGAGCUGGGAUUUGGCUCAAAUUGGAAUGGCAAUUGCUGUUGGGGUAUUAACUGAUAAUAGAACAAUGUUCAAUGAAGCUAUUAGAGUCUACAAAAGUGAUUGGUAUUGGGGUGCAAGUUCUCAAUUUAUUUAUUAUCUCCAUCCUGGGUAUUUUGGACAAACACAGGAAGCGGGACGAGAUCAAGGACAUAAUACAUUAAGUAUUGGGUUGGGUGGUAUUCUUUGCGAAAUGGCUUGGAAUCAGCAUGUUGAUUUGUAUGGAUGGGAUAAUAAUCGGUUUUUGGCUGGGGCUGAAUAUACAGCUAAAGUCAAUUACAACUUUAAUGGAUCUGGUUUUGCCGAUGUUCCUUAUAUUACUUAUGGUAACUCUUACGGAGAUGGUGUUGUACAAACAAUGUUAGGACCAGGAAAACCCAACAAUCGCCAAAUCUGGUCACUUAUCUAUAAUCAUUAUGAAAACAGAAAGGGUAUUUCUGCAUCUUGGUCAAAGAAAUAUGCUAUAGCAUUGCGCCCAGAAAGUAAGCAAAAUAAUUAA